ACAAAUUGACAGUGCGAAAGUGUGACAGUGUGCCGUGUCAGUGGUCGAAGCUUAAGGGCUCAAGUUAUUCACUUCCAGUGCGCAAGAAAAAAAAAUGUGGAGUCAACAAAGUGUUUGGUGGCCUUUGAUCUUGACCUUUGCUGCUGCGGCCUGGUCUCAAGAUUUUGGCUACAGAGGACAGCAUGGCCCGGAGCAUUGGGGCGACGACUAUCAGAAGUGCAGCGGCAAGUUCCAAAGUCCCAUUAAUAUCAACGUGCUGAAUGUGAAGUAUAAGACGUAUGAGGAAUUUACCUUCGAGAACCUUGAUGUUACGCCCAAGCGCGUCAAUUUGACCAACAAUGGACACACUGUGCUGGUCACCAUGGACUUCGACAAGGGCAAGGUGCCGCGCAUGAAGGGCGGCCCCUUGGAGCGCAUGUCCUUCUACCAAUUCGAACAGUUCCAUUUCCACUGGGGCGAGAACGACACUGUGGGCAGCGAGGAUCUGAUUGACAAUCACGCCUAUCCCGCCGAGCUGCAUGUGGUUAUGCGCAGCCUGGAAUUUCCGGACUUUCAAAGCGCCUUGGACCAGGAUCAUGGCAUCGCCGUAUUGGCAUUUUUCUUCAAGAUUACAGACUCAAAUAAUCCCAAUUAUGAUGAAUUUGCCGAGUUGCUGCGGUCGAUCGAUCGCAAGGGCCAGUCUGCGAACCUGAAGAAUCCUUUGCCUUUGCUCAAGUUUAUAGGCACGGACCUUUAUAACUAUUACUCCUACAUAGGCUCGCUGACAACGCCGCCAUGCGCCGAGAAGGUGGUUUGGAUAGAUUUCACUCAGCCCAUCGACAUAUCGGAGUAUCAGCUAAGCCACUUUCGUCUGCUGACCGCCAAUGAUGAUCAUUUGAAGAACAAUUUCCGUCCCACCCAGCCGCUCAACGAUCGUAUCGUUUACCGCAAUGAGCCCUCCAUUAACAGUCUAACCAUGCCUUUUAGCUCAAUACCUUUCGUGGAUGCGGAUAAUGCAGCUGACGGCCUGGCGUGCAGCGCAUUCAGCGCACUGUUCGCUGGCAUCGGCUGCCUGUUGUUAAGCUUGUCAAGGACGGCAUUUUAGUGGCUUUUAAUUAGAGCCGUGUGGCGCUGGGCCGGGCUGGUCUGGGCUGGCAUUUAAUGGCGCAAAUGUUUUGUAUUAAAUCGCAUCGCACUCGCAUGCUCAACAUUUUAAUUAAGCCCCGUAAUUUGGCGCUACCGCGGCGCGGCUUUGUGUGCCGACAAUUUAAAUAUUCGGGCAGAGAAUGAGUCAAGGAUGAACUGGGAACUUGACCCAAUACGCCAAGCACGUGUCUAAAACAAGAGCACAGUAAUGCCCCGCCCACAUGCCCAUUUAAGCAAAUGCUUUAAGUAUUAAGAGUUAACACAGAAGGCUUAUUCAAAAUUUAUGCAGCGCACAUGGCAACGAUUCUAUUUAUUUGAUUGAUUAUUCAUGAAUACACUCACACGCACACACGCACUCUUACACGCCGCAUCUGAGCGUCUAGUGAGCAUUCGUAAUUAUAAGUUAUUUAUGCUCUUUCAUUCAAUUUCCAUGCCUUGAUUUGAUAUUAUAAUGCCACUGCACCAUGUGAUUUACGAGCUCACGCUCUCUAUCUCUAUCUAGAAGUAAGCUCUAUA